AUAUAGCUAAUUAGCACAAAACAUUAUUAUCCUUUUUUUUUUCUUUUUUCUUUUUUUUUCUUUUUUUUACUUUUCUAGAUUUUGUAUAAUAUAUUAUUAUUCUUUUCUUUUAUAUUCUUCUUUUAUAUUCUUCUUCUCUCUUUAAACCACACUCUCUAGAUCUAAAGUUAUAACUUCUAGUUUCAAACACUAUAAAUACAGAGGCUUCUACUUCCAAGCCUCCUAAGAAUUAACUGCAAUUCCCCUAGCUAUAGUCUUUCCUGUUGGUUUUGUCUUAUAUCAUUCUUUUUCCUCUCACCCACAUUCCACAAAGACUUUCCUUUCUAUAUUCUUUUCUUUUGUUAAUGGCAAGAAUUUCAGAACCUCUAAUUGUUGGGAGAGUCAUUGGUGACGUUCUUGAUUCUUUCACUCCAACCAUAAAAAUGUCUGUCACUUACAACUCGAAGCAAGUCUGUAAUGGACACGAGCUCUUUCCUUCCAACGUCACCUCCAAACCUAGGGUUGAAAUUCAAGGAGGUGAUAUGAGAUCUUUCUUCACACUGAUCAUGACAGACCCAGAUGUUCCUGGUCCUAGUGAUCCUUAUCUAAGGGAGCACCUGCACUGGAUGGUGACAGACAUACCAGGCACAACAGAUGCGGCAUUUGGAAGUGAAAUGGUGAGCUAUGAGAUCCCAAGGCCAAAUAUAGGGAUCCACAGGUUUGUGUUUGUUCUGUUCAAACAGAAAAGAAGACAAUCAGUAAACCCACCUUCAUCGAGGGAUCACUUUAGCACCCGUGAUUUUGCUGCUCAAAACGAUCUUGGCCUACCUGUUGCUGCUGUUUUCUUCAACGCUCAGAGAGAAACUGCCGCAAGAAGACGCUAGAGCUAUCUACAUACAAAACAAAUCAAACAACUCCAAUAUAUAUAUAUAUAUAUAUGAAUAAAUUUGGGCUUGGGAGUUGGGGGGUAUUUUUCUAAACAAGGCUUUUGAUCGAAUGCUAGCUAGGAUUUUAGUAUGAAUUUCCACAUGUAUGUAACUUAGGAAUAAUACUGUGCUAGCUGAAGAAGAAGGCUCAGGCUUAUAUCAUCAGCUGUGUGACUCACUCUACCUCUGUCUGUCAUUUGCUUUUUCUUAUUAUUUUCCAUAUGUACCUAAAAGAAAAAAAGGAAAAAAAAAAAAAACAAAGCUAUGAGUUGUUAC